ACCUUUUAAACGCAGGUGAAUAAGUGUAACUGGAGUUGGAAUGGAGGUUAUAAACAAAAGGUAAGCGAUGCUCAGGACCAAGAUGCAACCAGUUGUUAAAAUAAGAAUUUAGAAGACCUUGAUCUCCUCCUAAUCAAACACAUAACACAAUCAGCACAUUGUUAUGAUGAACUCUGCACAUCAGAUGUUACAUCACAUUAGUGCCCUGAUUGAACAUACUUUCACAAUUCCAACUUAAAUAGCAAGACACCUAUGCCCAUAGUGACUUCUUGCAGUCACUUCUAUAGCAAGACACCUAUGCCCAUAUUUGGGUUCAAUCCAGACUGCAGAGUUGGUCAACGUUACACUCAAUAAUUAUUAGGCAGAAACUUCAGUGCACCUGGGGUGUACUUUAUCAGUGGCGUAGCCAGCCUGACAAUUUAGUCCCGCUAUGCAAAUUCAAAAUUAUUAUCAUUAUUCAUUUCUUUAGAAAUUGAUUGUUUUCACAGUCAGUGAACACGAAAAUAUUUGCAUAGCGGGACUAAAUCAUCGGGCUGGCUACACUACUGUACUUUAUAACAAUUUUUGCAAUUUAAUCUGCCCUCAAAUCUCUAAUUUGCAUUGUUUUUAACAUGUAUCUCGCUAUAUUUUUGUGCCCUUGACUGCAUCUUGGUGCGCACUUGGGAACUGUUUUGCGCACCUCCACUUCAAUUUUCUAACAUUUGCACACCCAACAUCUCAUCGAAAAGUGUCCAACUCUGCAGUCUGGACUUCAAUUAGUUUGGCUUCCAAGUCAACCCAGAGAAUAUUCGUUUUUGGUGGGAGCCAGAAUGACAAAUAUUGGUAGUUGCACAAAACCAUAGAUAGUAAAUUUAUAGCAACUUGAUAGUCAGUCAGGGCCUUCACUGCUCAAGAAUCUUAAUUAAAAUAUAACAUAAAACUAAUUUAGAUAACAUGCACCAAGGGUUGAUCCUAAGAAUAAAUACUGAUGCCAAAAAAGCUAGGGCACUACUGGGGACACUAUCAUGGAGAUCCAUCCUCCCCCAGAAAAUUUUGAACAGGUGUCCCAGAUUGGCUAAAAUGCAUUUGCCAUGCAAUAUUUAUACACUAUCACACUACUAACUGAUGGAUCCACUUAAAAUUGCAUUUCUGAGGUCAUGGUAUGAAUUUUCCUCUGAAAUUCUCCUUACAAUUUUUCUUUCUUGGGGAAAUAUUUCCUGGGAACUCAAAAAAUUGUCUGGGACCAAUGCCCAUUCUUAUUUAUAAGGUUAUAUUACUGAUACAUGAGCUAAAUAUAAGUUUGUGUAUAUGCAUGACAUUAGUUAGAGCCAAGCGCCAGAAGAACAAGGCUCUAUAGCCAAGGUGAUGCACUUUCUGGAAGUGUGUACAGUAUUACAUCGGUUAAUAAAUCCAACAUACCAAUCACGAAACGAAGUUCCAUGCAUGCUAACAUGGCUGACAUAAUUUCUGGUGUAUUUUAAGUCUGCAUGCAGAGCAUCCUGCUAAUAAAAUUUAACCUCUCUCCUCCGCAGAGGCUUUAGUUUUCUUAGGAUUUAAUAUUACGAUGAGAUACAUUUCACUAAAGCCUCUGCGGAGGAGAGAGAAAUUUAACCAUGUUGCCAACAAAACCGAUAUUGGAUGACUAUAUAAUUGGAGGCAAACAAUACUUAAUUACUCUUACCAUCAAAACUUCCAACUGCUAAUGCAUGAGCAAUGAGAGCUUCAUGUGUUUGUAUCGAUGGAACAAAGACAAAAACACCUGAAUUGAAACAAUCAGGCCAGCCAAUAUCUGGGGCUGCUGAGAUUUCUGGUCUAUUGAAAAGAUCAUCAACAUUCUGUAACACCAACGUAUCAGCAUCAAGAAAUACACAUUUCUCAUAUUCAACUAAUUUCCAAGCAUGUAAUUUAGUGAAUGUGAUUCCAAGAUCAGGUCUCUGAAGUAAAGCCAAGUUUGCACUGUCUUCACUAUCAAGUACAUCCACCACUAUUAAACGAUCCCAAAUACCAAGUAACUCUUGUCUGAAAAUGAAAUUAGAGCAUUUUUAUCAACUAUUUCAAUGCAUGCAUGGACAGCCUGUCCAGCCUGAAAGCAAAACUAAACUAACACUAGGCUCUUAGUUCCUCUCUAUUUACUUGUCUGGUGAAGAAUACAAUGAAUUCCAUAAUUAAUUAAUGAGAUGUCAAGUUUAUUGUCAUUACCAGCAUCAGAUGCCUACGAUGUAGUCAAACCUGCAUGUCAAAUGUGCACACUGUACAUGGGGCCACAUUUCCUAAAGGCAGCAUUCACUAUUUUUCAGAUAACCUAUAAUCUUUGACAAUAUAGAUUGGGACAAUCUAGUUUUCACAUGCAUUUGGUUGUAAUAUACCAUUUUGUGAUACAUUUUUUCCAUCUCCCCAUGUCAAUUUUGGCAUCUCACAACCAGACAUCUGACUUUCGUCAGCCAACAUUGAAAUGGGGGGAUGGGGCACUACACUUUUGAAAUUAUAUGAAAUUACAGCACAUGUCCAAUAGCUUCUGGCUAAGAUUGUCUUGGUGGUGACCAAUGGUGUUUAGAAUUUGGUAAUUAAAUGUUUUAGUUCUAAGUUUAUACUGAUCAAAUCAUAUCAUUUUAAUUUCACACCUUUUUUACAGAAAAGAGGACAGGUUCACAAAUAGGAGAUAUAAGUUUUAUUACAAUGGUGCUGGGAAGUUGGAGUGGUACCCCCUGUUUCAAGAAAAGGGGAAAAGGGCGGGGAAAAGGGCGGGGGGCACUACGCCAUUCAAACAAUGAAAUUACGUACAGAACCUGUCGCAGAGUUUCUGGCUAAGAUUGUAGUAAUAAAUAACUAUGCUAUCUUACCUAACUUGAGAAUCAACUUCCUGGGUAAUCAUGAGAGCCAGCUGGCGGUUUGUGUUGACAGAUCUCAGAGAAUGACCAAGAACCAGUGCACCCAGUGCAUAACCAUUAUUUGUUGCAAGACUCACAAAAGCUUGCUUGUUUUCUCUUCCUAGCGAUGUAACAAAAAAUUGUCGUUUAGAUAUUUGAACUUGUAGAGAGAACAAAAUAUGAAGCAUCAAACAUGUAGCAAUAGGACUAAAAACAUGACCAGAUAUGAAUGAAUCACACACCCAAGCACACAACCGCCUACCUGCCAUUUCAACUUUUUAGGAUAAGAAAUAAUUUGCAGACACUUUACAUUUCCGCAUGUAUUGCCUCAAACAAUAUCAGUUUAAAUCGACGGAGAAACACUCACAAUAUUAGUAAAAUUAAAAAAAUGUUCACAUAUUCAACGUGGCGAAGAAUAUUCGAUUUUCGAUUUCGCAGAAACAAAAUAUCGACUUUUAUUCGUAUUUUCAUUUUCAUGUUGCCGCAAAAUUCUUGAAAAUGCGAAAUUAUUAUCGCUACUCAGCCUAUUCGCAGGUUGCACUCUUAAUCGUUGCUAAGGCAACGUACGUCGUUCUCUUCGAAGAUUGCUUUGAUGUAAAAAAUUGGCUUCAAUAUAAUACAUAUUUGUUACAGCAAUACUAAUGCUACUUUGUUUUUUCCUUUAAUAUCCGAGACAGAAAAGUAUUAUAUUAAUUAGUUAUAAAAGGGGUGAAGCGUGAUUUUAUAUGAUCUGUAGUUUUUGCAUGAUACAGCAUAUGAACAUAUCCACAAUUGGUCAGAAGAAUUUCGUUGCGUUGAUACCAUGUUUACAGAUGAUAUAGCUGGUGAGAUGAGAGAACAAACAGAUGCGACAGAUACUCGAAAUGCUAGCAGUAACUCUGAAAGAAGAGAUAUACAUGCACAACCAGAUGAAAGGCCUUCAUCAAUGUAUUUACGUCAAAGUGCUAUUCGUAAAGGUAGAUCUAGACGGUCAUCUCUGACAAGCUGUGGUGGUUCUGGUAGUGAUACACCAGAACCUGAAAUUGAACAUUCUUUGGCUUAUACAUGCACAUCAGAUAGUAGAAGAGGAUCGAUAAAGAGGACAAAGCGGGUUCUCCCCCCUGAUGAACCAAAUGAAGUUCAUGAACAAAUGACAGUGAGUGCAGAUUUGCCAGGACUGUUUAGAAACAAACUACUUACGGCUGCAGUAAAGGCAGAAGAAGACAGAAAGUUGCUAAGAGACCACACACCUGAAAGCAUGAAAAUGGUUUGUUCAAACUCGACUGUAAGCUCAGUGCAUAGUACAACCAUGCCAGAUAUGGAAUCCUUUGAGCUGGAGAAUAUAGAAGAAAAAAUUCCCUCAGUCGAUAUAAACAGUAGACCAUCAACAUGUGAAAAAGAACAAUUAUUAUAUAUGGAGGAUAAAACUGUGAAGUCUGAAUCAUGUUUAUUAGAGAGUAAUGCUCAACAUGUAGAUAGUUAUGUCCAGAGAGCACAGUCUGCUCCAGUUGAAGUUUCUUCAAUAUGUACACAAACAGAAUGGAGCUGGAUAGAGGAUAUGCAGAAAUAUGAACAAAUGAAAUCAGAAAUGCAAUCAUCUCAAAAAGUUGAUGAAACAGUUGCAAAAGGUAAAUGAUCAAGGAAUUUUUGGAAUGGUUGAAAUUUUGGAAUUGAGUAUACCUUUUUAUAGAGGUGUAAAAAAAAAAUACCUGUGGUUCCGGUUUCAUAUCGCGAAAAAAUUAGGGUCGGUAGGUCGGAAAUAAUUUUUUUUUGAAUAUUUUUUUCAUGGUUUUUUCAAUAAUUAGUGUGACAACAGAUGCCAUUUUGGCAGCAAUAACCCGCAACCACCCGGAGAAAAUAGGGUUGCACGGUCAAAUCGCGUUGAAAAAAUAGUAGGGUCGGCAGAAAAAAAAUAGGGUUGGUUGGGAACCGGAACCACAGGUGUAGUAUUUUUUUUACGCCAGAUUAAAGGGACACUACAUUAAUUCCAUUUGUAUUUGUUGAAGUGUCUUGUAGCUGAAUUGUUGGGUGGAAUAUUAUAUACAUUUAUUAGACCUAACCAGGAACAGCUGUGAAAAAUGAACAUCCUAUAGGUCCCUGGCAGGAACCUGUGGCCCUGCAAUUUGGUGCAGUGCUCUAACCAACUGAGCUACAGAGGCCAGUUGUCAAGCUUUAACCACAAGUUGGUAGGGUACUGCCAUGUAUAGGUUUUGGGCAAAUAUUGUGAAAUGAUGUUAUUCUGAAAUUGCGGGAACCACCGAGUUGGGUUUUUUUUUCCGUUUUUUUUUUCAAGUACAACCCAGGGUUUUUUAUGAAGUACAAUUAACCCAGUUGAGUGGCAAGUUUCCCCAGUUGUACUUUAUUAUAGUUUUACCCUGUCUAACAGUAGACUAGGUUCAUGACUGUCUAACAAUAGCUAGGUUUACCUUUACUAGUAUAUGUACAAGUUUGCCACUAUAUAGCUGGUCAAGGGGGUUAUACUUAUAGGUUAUGUUACUUAAUUAAUAUGGGAAGCAUUAUGUAAAGAUUCUGUACACUCAGUCAGCUUUGUUUCAUACUAUUUUAUCCAAAUAAUGAAGAUUAUAAAUAAGGUUUUGUACAAUAUUCUACUGACGACAUGUAACUGCACAUGUUGUGAAUAUAUUAUGUACAGCGUAUGGCCAUGCACAUUGAUGAUCAGCUAAGGUUGCUGUUACUUAUCUUACACAUUUCAUCAGGGGUCAUCCAAAAGGCCAAUUUAGACUACACAACUUUUGCCUAAAAGUCAUUUCGCCCACACUUAAUCUUCAAUAAUAUUCGGUUUGAACUUGCUUUUGAAUGUUGCAACGAAUGUAGACCCCAAUGUAGUUCAUGUCAGAUUUCACUAGCUGAAAAUUACAAAUCAAACUGUUAAAGAUUUCUAGGCUUUAAUUUAACACUAAAUUUUGCUUGUCCAGCCGCUGUUAUUGUUCAGUUUUGUAUUGAGAUCAGUAAUGUGUUCGGUACUUCAGUAAGAAUAUUCAUUCAAUAAUAAUCCCAAUAUAGGAAUGUAUGACACAUCAAAUAAAGAUAUGAUCACAAACACUUGAAAUCAAGACUCUUUUUCCCUGGUCCAGUUUCAUACUGAAUCAUGCAACCUAUUUUUUUUUAUUUUUAUUUCCAAAAUUUCUCAUCCGGACAGCUCAACUGGACUGCUUUCACACCAAAACUGGAAAAAGAGCGAAAGUGCAAAAUCACUUUUCAAGCAAAAAGGUUUUAAACCAAGAAAUAUCAGUACCAAUAUCAACUUUUUAUAUACUGUAUGGCCUACAAACUGUGCCGUUACUGGUAUCUUAGUUAUCCUUUGUGUUUUUGUUACUGCAUGACUGUGUACUGUAUAUAAACAUGUUGCCAUAAAAUGAAUCAUGCAUCCACUGCACAAAAUAACCACUAAAAUUGACCUACUGUACAUGGGAAUUGCGGGUCAUGCAGAGUUGAUUUCUUUUCAGAGGCAGAGCAGAGAAAUAAGUCAUCGUCUCAAAAUUAGAAAAAUAAUGUCAAUAUGCCUGGGGUUUGAAUUUAUUUUGACAAAACCUUGAGUCAACAUGCUCUCAAAAAAAGCAAAAACUAUUUUCUUUUCUUUCCGCGAUGAAAUAAUCUGCAGGAAGAGUAGUACAGUAUAUAAGUGCUGAAUAAUACAAUAGACCCUCUCGAUUUCCUAGGAAAUAUUUCUCCUUCCUUUAGAAAUUUGUCCCCCUCCUUGUGUUUCUUAUGGGAUUUUAAAUGUUAAUUAUACACCAUCUGCUUUUCCAUUGUCAAACGCUCUUUAAUUCUGAACCCUACCAUAACUUAGCUUACGUGGCAGGCCCUCAAAAUCCUGCCCGCCGCAAAUCAGCCCCCCCCAUAAAAUUGAAGGCAUGCCACGCAGGCUAACCGUAACUUGGACUAUCCUAUAUGCAAACAUUGGAAACAACAAAGAAUGGAAAUAUACAGUAUAGUUAAUCAUGCUCAGUGCCGGAUUAAUCAUAUGGCAGAAGCAGCAUAUGCCGCGGGCCCCGCGCUUACUCUCUUCUAUUUUUUCUGAAUUUUUUGUUCCCUGUUUCAGCGCGGAGCCCAAACAGUGUGCCAGUCCCCAGAAACGUCAGGCCUCAAAAUUUAAAAAUCGAGGCCCCAAAGAGCAGCUAGGACCCCUAACGGUUUUUUUUUUCCCUAUUUCAGCGCGGGAUCCAAACAACUCGGGGGCCCCAAAGUGUCCAAAGCCCCCAAAGACGGAGAGCCAAAAUAAAAAAAAACACAGGGCUCCAAAAGCAGGGCCGUAAACUGAAAUUUUUUCUUUCCUUCUUUGGACAAGGGACUCCAAAAAGCGAGGCCAAAAAAAUCAUAGGGGUCAGAAAAUUUCAAAAUUCGCAGUUCUUCUUCUAAAUACUAUAAGAUUGCUGAAUUUUGUGGAAGACGGCAGAAGUUUAUAUGGACGCUAUCAUGUUUGGCUACUUUCCCCUGUAAAUAAUAAUAAUGUUAAUUGUAUAAACUGGGUUGAAUUUCAGUUUCUUUUUUUUUUAUACACAGGAAACGUUUCAACGCAUGAAAUACAAAAGAAUUUUUUUAAUCUUACUGAAUCCAGUGUCUAAAAUUCAAGGGACCCCGCGCUGAUAUUAUGCUACUUUUUAUAAUUUUUAAUUAUGCUUGUGAUGUUACUCUGAGUGUAUAUCCACACCGAGCAAGCUUGAAAAAUAUGCCUGUCCACGGUGGGAAUCGAACCUACGACCUUUGGAAUACUAGCCCAAUGCUCUGCCAACUGAGCUACGCGGUCAGGUCGGUUCGAGUAUCACAUAUAUGUAUAUAUACAGCUAAUUCAAAAAAGGUUGUCCUUUGCAGACCUUAAACUCUAAACCUUAAACUUAAAGUCUAAGCGCGCAAAGCUUAAUGGAAGCACAAAUUUCAAGCUUAGUAGUUGAAUAUUGCAGCUAUUUCUGAAUGAAUUGUUCUCAUACCAUGUCUCCAAGAAAUGGGCCCCAUAUAUGAUUUCUAAACUGAUUAAAUGAUGCCCCCAUUAUGCUUUGCACGCUUAGAGUUCAAAGUUUAAGACUGCUUGGUCACAUUUCAUCCAAAAUUAAAGUUUAGAACUACAUUCGAUUAACCAUUUUAAAUUUUAUAAUGUAACCAUUUUAUGUUAAUAUUUUAGAACUGCCCAUUUUGGAAAAUGAGAAGCCCUCUUGCGUUCCAAUUAAAUGUUUGAUUAUAUUAAGUAAAUUGAUUUCUUUUCUGAUUAGUAGAAAAAGCUACAGGUAUUGAAAAAUCUAAUCUGUCAGUACCAAAGACGAAAGUGAAAGAAAAGAAAGCUGAGAAAAAUAUUAAAGAUGAUGGUACAGUAUACAGUACAUAACUAUUUUUGCAAAAAUAAUCACUUUAACUUCAAUCUGUGUCAUUCAAUAAAACUAUAUAUGUCAUUGUACUUAUAUUUAUUAUAUAGCCAAUUGCCAUGUAGCAUCGUAUGCCGUGCCUAUUUCUGUGUGGUUAUUCAUCCUUUUGUUACCAACGCAUCUUUUGUGCAAUUACCUGAAAAAUAUUAUUAUAUAUAUUGGGCAUAAUCGCUUGAAACAUCAAAGCUUUCUUUACAUUUUUCAGGUAGUUGCAUCAUCUGUACAUGACUGAGCUAGUUCGUAGUUUGUAUUCUUCGCUUACUUCCCCGUACUAAGAAAAUCAUGUGCCAACAGAAUCGCUCAUUAUGCUCGAUCCGUGUGCCUCCCUUGUUGGCUUAUACGCACUCAUAAAUUAAAAAAAGUAUUAAGUAUAAUAAGCUGUAGCAUAUGCACGAUGUAUAUUUAUUAGGGUGGUAUACACGCGAUGUUUCCAAAUAGCAUUAUUACUUUACCCUGCAUAUAGUGCUUAUCACGAAAGUGGUGGGUACUAUCUUCGUUUGGUGACUUUGUUGAUGACCACGUGUUAAGCUUUAGAGAAAUGUCACAAUGCAAAACAAAGUCGCUAUAAGUAUGUUAAUGAUGCAAUAGUUAAACAAAAAUACCGGUUUACUCGGUUUACACCAAUGUCUUGAAAUUUUUGCUGGGAUUUUCUUCUUUUAAUUGAUGUGAACGAGUGGAUGAGUUAUGAAUGUUCAGAUAAGCGAACAUAUUCUCAGAACAUUCAGAACUCAUCUACUCAUUCACAUGCACCAGAAGAAGAACGUCGCACCAGAAAUAGCAGCAAAAAUCGCAAGUAUAAACGGGUCCAAAGAUAGCUCUGGGAUAAUUCCGUGUGAUUCAUGUGUGUGUUUCUGUAUUUAAGACUUUGAGGAUGAGUUGUUCAGACCACCUACAGUGGAGUACAGUUCUAGUAGUUCAGAUGAAGAUGACGGCAUAGAAGCAAUUGAUAAAGAAUCAUUUUUACCAAGUAUCGGUCCGCCCAAGGUCUUACAAUAUGUCAAAGAAUCAGUAAAUCCGCCAUUUACCAACGAAUUUCCAGACAGAGACAGUUAUCCGUCUGGCAGUUCCAAAGCAGACAAUUUAGUCCAUUCGUGUGCAUUCUGUAAGACGGAGGUAUUGGAGAAAAUUGAUGUAGCGCAACAUGUAUUUCUAGCACAAACCGUAAGUACAGCAAAAGAUUUUAAAUUUAUAUUUUUUCAUUUACUGUAUUUUUACAACCUUCAACUUCGCCCAGUUACAGUAUUAUCAAAUCCUAUAGAAUGUGACGAAUUUAGCUGUUUAUAUCUCGAGGGUUUUGCACGGUAUGCUGGGCACAUAUCCCUGCUUAUUCUGAUAUCAUUGUAUGGUAUCAUCACUCUCAUGAAAUUACCUGAAUUUAUUUUCCAGGCGAAAAUCGAAUGUCCCAUAUAUCUCGAGCAUCUGAAACAACAAACAGUUCACAAAGAAGAUAGUGGUUUUAUAAAGGACGAAAUAAUUGAUGUUCAACCACACCCACCGUUUGGAACAAAGGCCGCCAGGAAAGCGGCAAAGGAACGAGCUGCGGCAAGGUGAGAAAGAAUUUCCAUCUCAUAAAGAAAGAGCAAAUUAGUAUAGUAUUUUCCGUGGUCUCUCUAUACCCAGUCGUAUAUUUUAGAAAGAGCAAAUAGUAUUCUUCGUGGCCUCAGUACCAACUCGUAUAUUUUACAGUCCAAGUGAGAGAAGCUUGCAUUGUGAUCGAGGUUACGUGCCUGCCUCUGACUACAAUUAGCCUUUCUCACGAAGGCCAAAAUCCGCCAUUUUUGGGUACUGUCUGCCCUCGUGAAAGAUUCUAGACAAUUCGAACAACGUGAAAAGCGACCUUUAAAAGUUGUAACUGUAAAUUUGCCUUUAAAGAUGUUAGAUGCGAAACCAGGAUUCAUAUUAAGAGUUUCAAACGUUCACUGGUUAAAAAUAUUUAUUUGGACGAGCUUUCAUUUGGACGAGACUGCAGCUAGCAGUCGAAAGUUCGUCCAAAUAAAUAUUUUUAACCGGUGAACGUUUGAAACUCUUAAUGUAAACUCCAAAAUGGCGGAAAAAUCGGCCGUGAGAAAGGCUAAUGGACCAUUUGCAUUAUAUACUAAAUUUUGAUCUAGACAAAAAUUUCAUCACAGCUUGAAAGAGCAUCACAAAAUUAGUAAUAUUCCAAAGUUUCGUUCCGAAAUGUUGUAAAAUGCGGAUAAUAUAGCCAUGCGAAGUUUGCCGUUUUUCAGUCAUUUUGUAUUACGCACGGGAAAUUGACAGCCCAAUCGGGUGUUGGGGCAUCAAUUUCCCGUUUGUAAUACAAAAUGACUGAAAAUUGCAAAUUUCGCAGGGCUAUAUUAUCCGCAUUUUUCAACAUUUCGCAACGAAACUUUGGAAUAUUACUAAUUUUGUGAUGCUCUUUCAAGCUGUGAUGAAAUUUUUGUCUAGAUCAAAAUUUAGUCUAUAAUGCAAAUGUCCAUUGACUAUAUAUUAUAAUCUAAUAUCGCGUUAUCUUUGUACACGCGACACUUGUCCGUAUCUCGAUCUGGUAAUUCUGGAGAAGUUAAGCAAACGUUCAUGCAAAAUCAACGUUUUAGGGCGAGAGAGAGAGAAGCAGAAAGACAGAAAGUAUCUGGAACUUCAGUAAACUAUUAUGCAA